AUGGCUAAACAACCUUCAUCUAGUGAAAAGCUAGUAGCUAUAGGUUUGGGUCUUCUUGCGGUGCUUUCACCAUUAUAUAUUGAUCAAAAGGCAUCAGAGGAAGAGGAAGAAGAAGAUGUUUAUGAGUUUAGCUUUGCGCCAUGGUUACCUCUGUUGCUCGUGGUGUUAAUGGUGUCUAUCUAUUGUUCUCGCCAAGUAGACCAGAAUUUUACUAACUUUGAUCCUUACUGGAUUCACAGAGUUGGUGGUUCAUCGUGUGGGAUCAUCUUCCUUCUCGUAGUUAUUGCAUUGGUUCUCAAGUUCAAAGCUUCACUUAUGGGCUAG